AGUGACCAGAGCUCGACAACUACCUACCAUCUUGUCUUUCUAGAGUCUGGUCGUAAAACAUGACUGGGAUUUUUGAGCAGCCGCGCAAUGCCGGCACCCUGUUUCUCGGCGGGCAGAAAAUUAGCGGUGCUGAUAUACGAGACCAGAACGUCCUCGCAACGCAGGCAAUCUCCAAUGUCGUCAAAAGCUCCUUUGGUCCGUCCGGGUUGGAUAAGAUGAUGGUGGAUGAUAUCGGAGAUGUCACAGUUACGAAUGACGGUGCUACCAUUUUGAGUCUUCUGGAUAUUGAGCAUCCGGCUGGCAAAAUCCUCGUUGACUUAGCCCAGCAACAAGAUAAGGAGGUUGGCGAUGGAACUACAUCCGUUGUUUUGAUCGCCUCCGAGCUUCUUCGGAGAGCCAACGAGCUCGUGAAGAACCGCAUCCAUCCUACCACCAUCAUUACCGGUUAUCGAUUAGCUUUGCGCGAAGCCGUGAAGUACAUGAACGAGAAUAUCAGCACGAAGGUGGAGAAUUUGGGUAAAGACAGCUUAUUGAACAUUGCCAAGACAUCGAUGUCCAGCAAAAUUAUUGGCGCCGAUGCCGAUUUCUUCGCCAACAUGGUCGUCGAUGCGAUGCUUCUGGUGAAGUCUACAAAUCAGAGGAAUGAGGUCAAGUAUCCAGUCAAAGCCGUGAAUGUCUUGAAGGCCCAUGGAAAGAGUUCAACAGAAUCGAUCCUUGUCAAGGGUUAUGCUCUUAAUUGUACUGUCGCAUCCCAGGCGAUGAAGACACGAAUAACAGAUGCAAAGAUCGCCUGCUUAGAUAUGAAUCUGCAAAAAGAGAGGAUGAAGCUUGGUGUUCACAUCACGGUUGACGAUCCUCAACAGCUUGAGAAAAUCAGAGAAAGGGAGUCUGGCAUCGUUUUGGAUCGAGUAGAGAUGAUACUCAAGGCUGGCGCCAACGUUAUCCUUACUACAAAGGGCAUUGAUGAUAUGGUUCUAAAAACCUUUGUUGAAAAGGGAGCCAUCGGUGUCCGACGCUGCAAGAAAGAGGACCUCAGACGAAUUGCAAAGGCGACGGGAGCCACUCUCAUUAGCACUCUAUCAGACUUGAAUGGUGACGAGAAAUUUGAAGCCUCGUACCUUGGUUACGCCGAGGAAGUUGUACAGGAACGCAUCUCCGACGACGAGUGCAUUCUCGUCAAGGGCACAAAAGCGCACUCUUCCGCGUCGAUUAUCCUCCGCGGACCUAAUGAUUUUCAACUGGAUGAGAUGGAACGGUCUGUCCAUGAUUCCCUCUCCGCUGUCAAGCGAACACUGGAAAGUGGCAGCAUUGUCCCUGGCGGUGGAGCGGUAGAAACUGCACUGCAUAUCUAUCUCGAAGAGUUUGCCGUUACUGUAAGCUCACGCGAACAACUCGCCAUUGGGGAAUUCGCCCAGUCCCUCCUCGUCAUCCCCAAAACUCUAGCCGUCAACGCAGCUAAGGACUCAUCUGAACUCGUUGCUCAGCUUCGUGUUCGCCACGCUAUUUCUCAGCGCGUCCAGGAAGGUGACGCCAACGAAGAAGAGAAGGCUAUCGCCAAGAAGAAGACAUACCGUAACUACGGCCUUGACUUGACCAAAGGACGGGUUAUCGAUUCGGUUAAGGCUGGUGUGAUUGAACCUAGCAUGAGUAAGGUCAAACAACUAAAGAGCGCUGUCGAAGCCUGCAUCGCCAUUAUGCGCAUCGACACUAUGAUCAAGUUAGACCCUGAGCAGCCAGCUGAGGAUGAUGGCCAUGGCCAUUAAAUGGGAAGCUGUUUAUAAAUACAAAAGCUCUAGAAUUAGUGUUCGAGGUAAUUGAUCUACGAAUGUUUAAUUUAAUCGAUCUUCACAUGUCAUGAUGCCAUACAUCAAUUUAUGCAGACUUCAAACUUUUCUGGUAAACUCUCAAUGGUGUAGAUGUAUAAAUGUCUUAGUUCAAUUGAUGUUUUGGCUGAGUGACAAUAUCCUACCUCGCUUGCAACAUGAAGAGUCAUAAU